UUUCUCUUCCUCUCCAAAACCCACGGCCAUAAAACCCAUAAAAUCUACCCACAGCCCCCAUUGCUUGGAGGAAGCCAUUUCCGGAAAAAGCUUAUGGAAGCCAUGCCGAAGAAGCCCCAUGGAAGCUAUGGUCCGUAAAGCCAAAGCCACCUCCAAGAAACUCCCGUAAAAAUCGUUUCUCUCUAGGUUUUGGGUUUUGGUGCUUUUGGAAAAAUCACACUUAAUUACUUCCUAAGGAAAUGUCACAUCGAAGAGGAAGAGUACAAAUAGUGUCUCCAGAAGAUGAUUUGGACAAUCUACAACAACUCUUAGACAUACAACCUGCUGCAACUACUACUCCUAGUAGUUCUGAUCCUUCUGAUUCUUCAGAUCCUUCUGUUGUUGGUUCAUCCUCUAGCAAAAAGAGGACACGUGGCCUAACAUGUAACUUAGAUUUACUUAGUAUGAAACCCGGGGAAAAAAAAACUACACGAUUCAAUACCAGAGGACAAGUUGUUUAUGAUGGAAAAGGGGAAAGAUUGUCAAGCUAUAUGGGAACAUUGGUGCGAUCUCAACACAAUGUACCCAUCCAAGUUCAAGAUUGGAAUCAUGUUAGUGAAGAUGUGAAGGAAAAGAUUUGGGCCUUAGUAUUGGAAAAAUAUGAACUAGAAGAAACAUGUAAGAGCUACAUUCUUCAAUGUUGUGGAAAUUUGUUUAGAAGCUACAGAAAUAAAAUGAAGGCCAAGUAUUAUAACCCUUAUAAUACAGAUGAGGAGAGAUUGUGCCAUCGACCUCCACACUUAUCGGAUGAUGAUUGGAGGUGGCUCAUCCACUUUUGGGGUACACCUGAGGCCAAGGAUAUCUCAGAAAAAAAACAAGGCAAAUAGGGCAAAACAAGUGAUAAAGCAUACAUCGGGAUCAAAAAGUUAUGCUCAAAUUCGAUAUGAAAAGGUUGAAAUUUAUUAUUAAUAUGAUUUGUUUGUACAUAAAUAAUUCAUCAUAAAUAACUCAAUUGUUUUACUUAUAAGAAUAGGCACAAAAGAAAGAGGAUCGAAGUGAGCCCAAUAGAAUUGAGAUGUUUGCCCUGACACACACACAAGAAAAGAUGGGAUGCCUGUUGAUGAUCAUUCUAAGGAGAUUAUGGUAAUGAAGUAAAUAAAUUUUAUAUACUUGUAUUUCAGUCAUAGCCUCAUACUAAAUUAUUUUAGAAGUCUAACAAUUUUUUAUUUUUUAUAAUUCCAGGAUCAAUUUUAACAAUUACUAUCUCAACCUGAGAGGACAUCUUCUUCUACUUCUGCAUCAUCUGGAGCAUCUACAUCUGUAUCAUCUACAUCUGUAGCAUCUACAUAUGUAGAUGAGAUAUAUACUCAAGUCAUGGGUCCAGAGAGGCAUGGUCGUGUUCGAGGGUAUGGAUUUGGUCCUACUCCUACCUCAAUCUUUGGUUCUACUAGUAGGAGACGAUCAGGAGUUAUUCUUUCAACACAACUUGAAAACGCCCAAGAGAUGCUAAUAGCUGCAGAACAAAAGUUUACAACUGCAACUGAAGAACUCUCAAAUGUGAAAGAUGAACUCUCACAUGUGAAAGAAACAUUUGAAGAGAGGUUGAUAGAAGUUCAAAAGAAGACACGUGAAGAAGUGAAAGAAGAGUUUGAAGAAAAAAUGAUGGAAAUGCAAAGAAAAAUGCAAGCACAAAUGCAAGCACAAAUUCAAGAACAGAUGAUGCAAAUGAUGCAACAAUUUCAGCAAAAGCAGUAGACAUUUGAAGAUUUUGCUAUAUCUUUAUAUGAUAGAUUCUCUUAACUUUUUUUUGAAGAUUAUGCUACUUAUUUAUAUGAUAGAUUCUUCUAACUUUUUUUGCUUUCUAUGACUAUUAUGUGAUGUUUGGUUGGUUGAUUUGUUAUAUUAUGUUAGAAUGUGAAACUAAAUUUGAAUCUC